GCUCAGAGUGAGCUGUGCUCCUCUGGUUUAUUUUGAGGUGGUCUUAUCACAGCUGUUGUAUCUGUGGUGGCAGCCUGUCCCAAGCCCCUCGACACUCUUCCUUUUCCCUCUCCGGCCCUUGGUCCUGAAACUGUUUCCCUCUCAGUAAUAGCUCAGAAUAAUGGAGGCUUGUCCUGUACCCAUGGGUCCCGAGGCGUCGCCAGCCGAGGGUCGGCACAUUGACCUGACAGAGGACCUGGCCCAGCAGCUGGAGGACAUCAUUAGCACCUACCAGGCUGACGAGAAUCCCGCUGAGCCAGAGGACACAGAGGAGGUCACAGCCGUCAAAGAGGCAGACACCCGCAAGGACCAGAAACUGGAGAAGAAGAUGCUCAAAAACCUAGGGAAAGAAGCCAUGCUGCUGAUGCAAAGUUUGAACAAACUCAACACUCCAGAAGAGAAACUGGAAGCCAUCAUCAAGAAGCACGCUGAGCUGUUGGAGGAGCAUCGGAGCGACCAGAAGCAGCUGAAGGUUCUGCAGAAGAAGCUGCUCCAGGUGAUGAAGGAGAAGGACCAGCUGCAGAGCGAGCACAGUCGGGCCGUGCUGGCUCGCAGUAAACUGGAGGGACUCUGCCGAGAGCUGCAGAGGCACAACAAGACCUUAAAGGAAGAGACCCUACAGAGGUGCAGAGAGGACGACCUGAAGAGGAAAGAGAUCACCACCCACUUCCAGGGGACGCUGAGCGAGAUUCAGGCCCAAAUUGAGGAACACAGCAGCCGCAACACCAAGCUGUGCCAGGAGAACAGCGCUCUGGCAGAGAAACUGAAGGGGCUCAUUUCACAAUACGACCAGCGAGAGGCGAACCUGGAGAAGGUCUUCAAACACAGAGACCUGAAAGAAAAGCUGCUGGAAACCAAACUCGCGCAGGCCAACAUGAUACUGAAGGAGACAGAGGAGAAGCACAAGCUGGAAAAAGAGCUUCUGCUAAAACAGGCGGCAGAGCAUAAAAUGAAAGUGAAGGUCAUGAAGGAGCAAGAAAUCGAUAUGAAGAGCCAGCUCGAUAUGUACUCCAAGAAGUUUGAUGAAUUCCAGGGCACAGUAUCAAAGAGUAACAGUGUCUACAGCGACUUCAAACAGGACAUGGACAAAAUGGCAAAGAGAAUGAAAAAGCUGGAUAAAGAGUGCCAGUCAUGGAAGUCUCGCUUUGAUGGCUGCAACAAGACUCUCCUUGACAUGGUGGCAGAUAAAGCAAUUAAGGAAAAGGAGUUUGAGCUCCUCACCGUCAAGAACCAGAAGCUUGAAAAUCUGUGCAGGGCUUUGCAAGGGGAGAGGAAGAAUCUUUAUGAGAAGGUGCAGGGAGCUGGAAUUCAACCAGACAUCAACACUACUGAACCAACAGAGAAGGAGAACCCUGAGGCGCUGGAGACUCCUGAAGCCCCUAAAGACGAUGACACCAUCCAGACUACUGCAACCGCAGCUGCCUCAACUGCCCCUGUCGGGACACCAACACCCGCAACUCCACUGACCAAGGAACUGGCUAAACUGAAGGCUGAGCAGGCCCGCCUGAAGGAGAUCGCCAGCUCUUUUACAAUCUCUCAUGUUAUAGCCACAGAAACAGUCGAUAGCCAAUCACAAGGACUCUCUGAGGGCGUCCAGGAGCCAGUGGAGAAUGACAGUAAUGGUGAACAUCUCCAGGAAGUCUUGGAGGAUGGAUGCCAAGAACAGAGAGAUUUGGAAAUGGAGUCAGUUGAUUAAUGCUGCAACUAAUGUGGAAAAGAAAUCUGGCUCAUGUGAGAUUCACAGCAAUAAAAAGAAAAAUGCUGGCGA